AUGGAGAUCUUAAAAAUAAAAAGCAAAUGCGUUGAGCAUGGCUUAAGUAAUAAACACUUAUUCAUUUAAGAAAUUAACAUUCACACUAAAAUUUGCAUUAAUAGCGCAUAAAAAUUACUUAAGGAAAGUAAUAAAAUUGGUAAAAUAAUAGAGUAUAAAGAAUUUUUAUCAGCAGAUGAAAAUCAUAUUUUUGAAAACUUUCCUCCUUUAGAAUAUGAUAAAAUCUAUGAUCAUAUAAAAAAUUAGAAAUUAAAAAAAGAUUUACCUAUUAAGGAGAUAUUUAAAAAAAAAAUAAAUGAUUAUUUCAUAAAUCUGAGAAACUAAAUCAAACAAAAAAUAGAUUAACUUCAAAUUGAUGUUGAGCAAAAACUUAUUGAAAUGUAUAUAAACAAAAAUUAAGGAAACACAUUUUUAGAUAUUUACAACGAAUUAUCAUCUAAGUUUGAUAUUUAAUAAUAAUUAAAAGAUUAAUAAUAAGAUUCUGAAUAACGCAUAAAAGAAAUAAUUCAAUAAAAAUACUAAAAUAUUAAGGAAAAUACUGAUAAAUUAUAAAAAAGUAUUACAGAAUAUUAAAAAAUCAUAAGCAAAGUUGAUUUAACAAUUCCAAAUUUAAUUUAAUAAAAAAUACUAAAUUUAAUUGAUAAAAUAGACUUUUUUAAUAUUAUUAGUAACAUAGAAUUUGAAAAAUCUAAAUCAUAUGGUUCUUCAUAAAAUUUAUAAAUAUAAAGAUUGUAAAAUAGAUAAAUCUAAAUAACUUAAUCAAUUAGUGAUGCUCAUGGUGUUUCAUAUGCAAAUUUUAUCUUGGAUCCAAACUAGAAGUAUAUAUUUAGAGUUAAACUAUAAACAAAUUCUUAGAAUGAUAGCUUUUUAGUAAUAGGAAUUAUCAAAGAACAAGAUAAAGAUAAUUAAAAAUUAUAUAAUACAAUAUGUUAUAAUGAGACAGGAGUUAAUAAUACAAUAACAAAGAUAGUAAAAGGAAAAGAUGUAUUUGAAGGAAAAAAAACAAAUAUCGAUAAAGAAAUAGAAGUGAGGAUCCACUUAGCAUAGAAAAUGUUCAAAGUAGCAAAUUAUCCAAAUUAUGAAAAUGUAGCAGAGUUAAAAAAUAAUUAGGAUAUUUUAGAUAACACAUAGUACAGGUUUGCAGUUGAACUACAUUAUUAGGUUCAUAAAAUAAUAAUAACUCAUAUUUAAGUUGUAGAUGAAUUUAAUCAAAAUAUGUGA